AUGGACAGAACGCCACGUGGGCUGCCGCCGCCAGGGCACAAGGAUGGCAAAGCGAAGAACCACUGUGUCGAUUCCGCACAGGACAUGUCCAAGGCGGCCUUGGCGCGCAUGCAGCAUUAUCAGGCCAAUCUUGAAGAGAGGAUUGCCAAGCUGAGAUGCCGCACUCCGGGCAUGACAUCGUCGAUGUCAGAGCUGGACAGCAUCAAGCACAAUAAUAACAUGAUGACCUGUUUAAGGGAGCACAUGGCAAUUGCAAGAGACUCACAGAAUACCAAGAACAUGUCAAAGGAGCCCAGGGACAUCAUUAGUGCCAACUUUGAACGCCGGAGGCAACUUCUGAGGGAACCAACAAAGAAUGCAGCAGAUACAACAGAUGCUGCCUCUAAACUGUGCAAAUCCAGGAAGGAGGUGGCACGUAUAGUCAGGUUAAUCAAAAGCAUAACACGCAAGUGGGACGUGGAGCUGACAAUCGACACAAUCAUCCCUGGGCGGUACAGGACAGAAGACGAACAGUACCUGCAGAAUCUGCUGUCCUACAUCAUCAAGGGUGAAAGCUGCGACCUGGGGGAUGAGCUUCUGCUGGAGGACUGGGACGAAAUACGGCACCACCUCAUGAAGGGCCUGCAGGUCAUCAGCGAUGCGGAGGCUGCCAAGGAAAAGAGGGAGGCAGGAGGAGAGGGCUCCACCUAUGAGGCCAAGAUGCCACGUGACAGGGUUGUGGUGAAAAAGGUGGCAAAGGGCAGCUCAUGA